CUAGUUAGUUUACUACCAUUUUGGAUCGGUGGCAUUUAUUUCCCCUGUAUUGCUAUCAAGUACCACCACCGAUCCUCAGAACAGAAACCCUAAGCAUAAUCACUGAUUACUCUCUUUCGGCGACAUCAACACUGAGUGAAGAAGAAGAAGAAGGAGAAUCAUCGUUCCCUCUUUUCUCGAUACACCAAAUUGCUGAAGCAGAAGUUCCGAAUUCCGUCUCUCUCUCUCUCAAAUUGUCCUCUUAACUUCGCCAUGUCGGGUCGAGGAGGAGGAAGGGAUCGGUUUAGGAGGGAUUAUCCUUCAAGGCAUGAGGAUAAUAGGGGGAAUGGGAUUAGUGGACGUGACAACCGCAACAGCAACAGCAACAACCCUCCUUCCAGGCAUCUUUGGGUUGGGAAUCUAUCCCACAAUAUUGUAGAGGAAGAACUUGCUCACCAUUUCUUGAGGUACGGACCACUGGAGAAUGUGGCAUUCCAGCCCGGCCGCAGCUAUGCUUUCAUAAAUUUCAGAAUGGAUGAGGAUGCUAUUGAUGCCUUGAGAGCACUGCAAGGCUUUCCUCUUGCUGGCAACCCACUUAGAAUCGAGUUUGCAAAGGCGGAUAAGCCAUCGGCAAUGCAACGUGAUGAAGAUUGCUCAUGGGAUGAACGGAACUCAGCAUUAAGGGGUUCUCCUUUCUCGCAAAGAGAGUUUAGAGGACACCAUGGUAGCCCUGAAUUGCAUUAUUCUGAUAAAUCCAAGCUGAGUGAUAAAAAUCCAGAACCCAGUGAGGUUCUUUGGAUUGGGUUCCCAGCUCAGUUGAAGGUGGACGAAUCUAUUUUAAGAAAGGCUUUUUCUCCAUUUGGUGAGAUAGUGAAGAUUACUACAUUUCCAGGUCGUAGUUAUGCCUUUGUUCGCUUUAGGAGCCUGACAUCUGCCUGCAGAGCAAGAGACGAUCUGAAGGGGAAGUUAUUUGGGAAUCCCCGGGUGCAUAUUUGUUUUGCCAAGAGUGAAACAGGUUCAUCAAACAGUGAGAGGAGAUCAUUUAAUGGCCCUCGUUCCCCAAUUUACAAGUCAAGUGGGCGUGAUGGAUCUUCUGAGAACCUCAGACAGGAUCGGAGCUUCAAUGCAGAUCGCAACAUUGGUUCUCCAAACCAUUUCGGGAUUUGGGAUUCUGAUCCUUAUGAUCAAAGGGGUUCUUCAUGGACUGGCGGAACUAACACAUUUGAACAAAGGAAAGUCGGAGAGAAGGGGAGAACACUAGGAGUAUCACAAGAAAUCUAUGAACAUAUGAAUAGUCCAUCAAGAGAAAGACAUCAUGUGGGUAAUGUUCCACAGAGAUUUUCUCAAAAGGGUGAAUUCUUUGAAGAUCCGCGGGCCUUGCCAGAUUUUUCCUAUCUACAUGAGGCUAAAAGGAUGAAGGCUGGUUCUCCACCUCUUGAAAGAGAGAUUCCAGAGUAUCCUUUCACUGAGUAUGAAAGGCAGAGACGUGUUUUCCCGAGAUUAUCGGAUUUACCCCCACACGAGCCUUUUGAUAAAGGCUUUGAUGCUGGAAAUUUUACUUAUGACCAGACUCUUGAUCAUCCACCAAAUUCACCUUUGCCUCGUUUAGAUAGACAUGAAGGCUGGAAACCUUAUGAUAGUUUCCAAAUGGGUCCUAGCGCUCUGCAGUCAACAUAUGUUGAGAAGAAAGGAUUCACGCCUGAACAAGAUAGUUCAUCUUUAACUGAGUGGAAAUGGGAAGGAACCAUUGCUAAAGGUGGAACCCCUGUUUGUCGUGCACGCUGCUUCCCUGUGGGGAAAGUCCUAGAUAUGAUGUUACCUGAAUUCUUGGAUUGCACUGCAAAAACUGGUCUAGAUAUGCUUUCAAAGCAUUACUACCAAGCAGUUGGUGUUUCGGUUGUUUUCUUUGUGCCUGGAAGUGAUGCUGACAUGCAAUGCUACAACGAAUUUAUGCAUUAUCUGGAGGAAAAGAAGCGUGCCGCAGUUUCCAAGUUGGAUGACAAGACCACUUUAUUUCUUGUUCCUCCAUCAGAGUUCUCAGAGAAAAUACUGAAGGUACCUGGUAGGUUGAGCAUAUCUGGUGUUAUUCUGAGGUUGGAGAACCCUGGUUUAAAUCAUGGUCCUGAACACAUUCAAAGAGAAAUGACAAACGAAAACCUGCUGUCCUAUAAUGAGAAUAUACUGCAUCCAAAGUCAUCAUUUCCUUCAGUACGUGUACCUACAUCCCCAUCUAUUUCAGAAAUGAGUAAUUCUGGAAUCAGCAAUCUUUCAUUUCUGGGAAAUAAAUUUACAGCAGCUCCAUCAGUUUCUGAUUCAGCUCGUGCUGUAGCUGAGUCUCACGAUGACAGAAGUCGCAACUAUCCUGUCCAGCAGCGAACUUCUGGACCAAACUGGUCUUCUCAAAAUCUGCAGAACUUCUCUAAUAGAGCUCCACCAUUGCAACCAUCAGGUGGUCCUGUAGAAUAUAUUGCCGAAGAACGCCAACCCAUCAUUCCAAGAACAGCGCCGGAUGUAAAUGCAAUUCAAUAUUCCAGUGGAAUUUCUGGUAUUCCAUUUUAUGGUGAUAGCAAGUUGUCUUACGCAGAUAUAAGGCAUUUAGAUCCUUUAUCAGUGCCUGUGGGAGCUCUUGCCCCAGAACAGCUUGCACAACUAGCAGCGUCGCUUCUUGAGCAGAAGAGGCAAUCAGGAAGCUCUUCUAGCACAUCAGUGUUGGCUGAUCCCCGACAGAUUAACAGAUUUAGCUCGUCCGACAACUCAUCCAGAUUUAGCUCGUCCGACAACUCAUCCAGACCACCCCAGAUAUAUGCUACAGAAAACAACAAUCUGGUGAAUUCUGAUCUUUCAACAUCUCAGAUGGGUCAAAUGCUACAGAUGCAAAAGCAACAACAGAUCUCAAAUGUGCCUCAGUUAUCACAGAUGGUUCAAAGGGAACAACAACAAAGAGAGGCCAAUGGAAAUCAGCUGGAUAGUAGCUUGCAGGAAGAUGAUGCUGAUAUAGAUCCACAGAGACGUCUACAGGCAACACUGCAGCUGGCGGCGGUUCUUCUUCACCAAAUCCAGCAUGGAAAAGGAAGUUGAGCAGUGUCAGGAUAUAUGCUGUUGCUUUCUUGGUUUAAUUUCUUUAUCAUAACAUGUUAAAACAAGGAUUAAUAAAUGGUUGUAAGUAGGAUGAUCAGAUUUUCAUUUUAUGCAUUACAGUGGCUUGCAGGCAGUGUGAUUUGUAGUAGAAAUACUGCAGUUCUUAGGUUUUUUAAAAUCAGCUUCCAGCUUUUAUUGGUUUUGUCCUUUCUCUUCCA